CAUCUCUCUCUGAUCUCUCUCUCUCAAGGCAGGCAUGUCUUCCAGCAGAAAACAUCAUUUUGACAUUCACUCUACAUGUAUAAGCGGCCAUUACUGCUUAAAAUCCGCCAUUUCUUUCUCUGUCCUUCUGGCCUUCUCCUUUCUUGUUCUCUUCCUUUGGUACCCACCAACAAGAACAAAUAUUUCUUCUCGAAUUCACUCUCAUUAUAAUCACAAGCCACCGAAGCUGAAGCUCUGCAAAGAGAACUUCUCCGUCUACAUCUACGACUUGCCGACGAAGUUCAACUUGGGUCUUCUCGGCGACUGCCUAAAUCUGAACAUUCACCGGAACAUGUGCCCCCACGUGGCCAACCAGGGGCUCGGUCAGCCGUUUUCCGGGUGGCCUGGUUUGGGCUGGUACGCCACCAACCAGUUCACGUCGGAGAUGCUCUUCCACGCGCGGUUGGAGAACCACCGCUGCCGGACUUUGGACCCGGAAGCGGCCACAUUGUUCUACGUGCCGUUCUACGGCGGCCUCCACGCUUCUAGCAAGGUUCGGGAGGCCAACCUUUCGGAGCGGGACGCGUUGGCCGUGGAGCUGGCGGAGUACGUGGUCCGGCAGCCGUGGUGGAGGCGGCGAGGCGGUGGCGACCACUUCCUGGUGCUGGGGAGAACGGCCUGGGACUUCUUGAGGAAGCGCGACGGCGGCCAGGAAACCGGUGCCACGUGUCUGCUGAAUUUGCCGGCUGUGCAGAACAUGUCCGUGCUGACUGUAGAGAGGAACCCGUGGCAGGGAUCCAAUCAGCACGGAAUUCCAUACCCCUCGUACUUCCACCCCUCCACGUCGGACGAGAUGCUGACUUGGCAGAAACUAAUCGCUCGGGCCAACCGGCCUCACCUCUUCUCGUUCGUCGGAGCCCCGCGGACCGGCAUCCAGAAGGCGGCGGUCCGGGACGAGAUCAUCCUGCAGUGUGCGGAGUCGUCAGAGUGCAACCUCCUGAAAUGCGGCAACGGCAACGGCAACUGCAACGAUCCUCGGCGAGUGCUCGGAGUGAUGACGGCGUCUAGGUUUUGCUUGCAGGCGCCGGGCGACUCGUUCACGCGUCGGUCGACGUUCGAUUCCAUGGUGGCCGGGUGCGUUCCGGUGUUCUUCUCGCCGCACACGGCGUACUCGCAGUACGGCUGGUAUUUCCCAGGCGACCCGAGCGCGUACUCGGUGUUCAUCGACUACGAAGGGAAGGGAAACGGAAGCGAAAAGAGAGUGGACAUAGAAGAGGAGCUGAGGAAGAUUCCAGAAGAGCGAGUAGAGAGAAUGAGAAAGACGGUGAUCGGAUUGAUUCCGAGAGUGAGUUACCUGCAUCCGAACUCCACUGAUAAUGAGAUGAGCGACGCCAUUGAUGUGGCCAUUAGGGCGUUGUCGAAGCAGCAGGCGCAGGCGGAGGCGGCUUGAGAAAGGCCCCAAACAACUGAUCGCCCCCGGAUUAGGGUCUGGGUUUGG